AUGGUAUUAGUCACCGAUGAAUCGCGAAGUUUUACAUUUUUUCUGUACAAUGAUUUACAAUGGGCUAGCCAAAGUGCAGGUGGACCUUAUGCCCAGGCUGGUUUCAACGCUGGUGAUGGAAUAACUGCUACGAUGCUCAAGUAUUCUCGUACACAAAACAUAAUAUUACUUGUUAAUGAGAGUAAUGUAAAUGCUCCCGGUCUCUUUGCAUUUCGAAUAGAUACUGCUAAUAUCGAAGCCGGUGGAUGCAAUGAAAAUGGUUCACUGACUCAUUAUCCUGUUCGUGGAGAUCAGAUUGGAGGUGCAACGAUCACUCUACGAGGUCCCUGUUUCGAUACAAAUAAAACAGUGAUUUUAUGCCGCUUUGGUGAAUUCGGAACUGUAUACGGUUGGAUCCAGAGUGAAUUUCGAGCUGUAUGCAUCUCACCUCUGGCAGCAUAUCCUAAUGUUGUUAAUUUAAGCGUUUCCUUUGAUAAUGAAGAAGUCAUUCUCCGUAAAAAUCAUAGUGCUGAUCAAGUCGUCUUUUGGAAUGACACAAUAGAACUGGAAUGGGCUUUCUCAUCAACAUUAUUAACAGAAAACUCUUCUGAUGCUCUCAUUGAUAUAGACUAUGAAAUAUUUCAGCCUGAUGAAGAGAGCACUCGUCGGCGAGCACGCGCAUCAAACCAAGAUGUUGAUAUCAAAAUUGGUACGGUGUAUACAUUGGUCACAGACAUCCGACCACAAGUCGGUCGUCAAACAAUUCAAAUCAAUCUAUCAGAUACGGCUCUUCAACAGCAGCGUAUACUACCAAUAGGAGCUGUGAUUGUUGGAGCUUUCCGCAUUGGUAUUUACAUAUAUCGAGGUUACAAGAUUUAUAGAUCUGUGAAAACACUUGUCAAAAUUAUUCAGAAAGCAUCUGGCGUCGCCUGUGAUCUUUGGAGCGAUAAUGAACCAGAUCCUUCAACAUGGAAUCAAAAUCUUCUUCCAUGCCCAAAUACUGCUCGACAAGCUCAAGUAGCUCGGGCUCAAUAUGAGCCUGACGCACUAUGCAGAGAUGGGCGAUCGGUACCCACAUGGAUUUCGUUAGUUGGAAACUGCUGGUACCAUCAAGGGCGACCAGAAUUCAAUGAGGAUAAUGCAGCUGCUUGUUAUCGAUCAAUAAGAUCAAAUGAAAAUGGUGCUGGUGGUCAAUGUUGUUAUAACGAAGGAGGCCAGUUAAUUACACGAGGAACAGGUGCUGGAAGUGAUGAUCGAUAUCAUAGUGGUCAGACGUUUUGGAAACAUCAGUUUCACGACGUAAUUACAUUCCUCGCUUGCUGUAAAUUUCAAUCUGACCCAACAAAAUGUGACAAAUAUCUUGAACGUCGGCCAUCUCGACCAGGUAGCAAUACUAUGGGUCAAUUCGGUGGUGCAUGGGGUGAUCCUCACUUUUUGACAUUAGAUGGAACCUCCUACACAUUCAAUGGUUAUGGAGAAUAUAUUUAUUUGGUGAUUCCAUCGAAAGCGUCGAUUGCCUUCGACAUUAAUAGUCCACUUCAAUUUGAAUCGCAAAUCCGGUCGACAACUUUAAGUGCAAAUAUGACUGAUGUCACUGCUAUCAAAGCUUUUGCUGCUCGUGUUGAUUCCAUGAGUAUCAGUAUUACGGUAUCUCGACGAAAUCAAUUACUUGUGUAUCUCAAUAACGAAGAACUGACAUUCGAGAUUGAUUCAGAUACAGAAACACAGUUCGAUACAAUCACGUUACGAUUCGAUGGGUUCUCCAUCACCAAAAAUCUGACUAAUAAUCAAUUUACACUUUCAUGGUCUCUCGGAGUCAGUAUCCAAGUUACACCCGUAAUUGUUAAUACAGCGUCGACCCUAGUGUUAAAUGUAGCCGCAGCGGUUGGUGGUAACUUUAAAGGUAAUUGGACGUUAGGCUUGAUUGGUAGCUAUGAUGGUAAUCCAAUGAAUGAUUUACGCGACAAAAACGGGACAGUUGUUGGUACUGUCAACAUGCUGACCCCACAACAGAUUCAUGAGCUAUACGGCAUGUCUUGGGCUAUCGAUCCAACACGUUCACUAUUCUAUUAUGAAACGAAUGACAAUGCAUCAUUCUAUGCAUAUCAAAAUCAGCGUUAUCGUCCGCGAUUCGUUGAACCUGUUGCUGGGUCACUAGAAUCGGAUGCUCGUGAAGCUUGUAACAUUCCGAUGAACGCCACUAGCUCAUCUGAAUGGACUCCAAUUCAAAGAACUUGCUAUUACGAUAUUGCUGUCACUCAAGAUAUUGAUUUUGGACUUGUCUCACGUCAAGCUGCAGAGCAACAAACUGAACAACGAGAAGCCAUACGUAAUCCACCUCAAUUCAAUUCUCAACUUUCUCUAACACGAAUAGUUUUUAUUGAUCAGCUAGUAGAAAUAUCGUUUCAAGCUAUUAGUGAAUUCAGUUCCAGUAUUAUUUACAAACUUCUACAUGGUCCGGAUGAAGCAACCUUGGACGAAGCCACAGGUCAAUUUCAAUGGACCGUACCGAGAGGCACAGUUGUUAGCAGUCGAAUUCCUGUGAAAGUUAGUGCUCAAGAUACAACCUAUAAUUUUACAUCAGCAUAUGAACUUGUACUUAAAAUUCAACAGAAAAGCAUCGCAUCCAUAUUCACCAUCUCAACACUCUUAUUAAUCUUGCUAUUCAUUACAGAAAUAAUGAUUCUAUAA